AGAAGAAUCGGUGACUUUAGCGAAAUCGGCUAGUUGUUUGUGUGAUGCUUUGCCUUGAUAUUUAGCAAAUUCCCAAAAACAGAAUCUUUUUGAAAAAAAAAAAUUCAUGUUGCUGAGGUCAAAUUCUCUUGUAUCAAAGUCACAUAUCAUCUGAUACAGUAGCACAGUAAACACUGCUGGCAGUCCUGUGAUCAAAGAAAAUAAUGUUCUGCAGUUGAAAAUGGGAGGUAGCGGCUCCAAAUCCAAAGGAUUCUGGCCUUUUUCUGGCUCAGGUAGUGGUGAUGACACAGCCAAAGAUAGCAAUGAACACUCACUGGCGAGAAUUCGAAGUUUCCCAAAUGCAACACCUUUUGUGUUUAUAAGACGAAGCUCUAUGUACUUUGAUGAAGAUGGUGACUUGGCCCAUGAGUUCUAUGAGGAGACAAUCGUGACGAAAAAUGGGCGCAAAAAAGCCAAACUGAAGAGGAUUCAGAAAAAUCUUACACCUCAGGGAAUUGUAAAGCUUGACCACCCAUGCAUCCAUGUAGAUUUUCCAGUUGUCCUCUGUGAAGUCUGACAGUAUCUGAGGAGUGUUUUCAGAUGUCCUACAGUUUCUCCUAUAGCUGGAAUGCUGAACUCUCCUUCGAAAGUAACACAAUCACUUGACAUAUUUGAUGUCCUUAUAUGGACAUGCUGAUGCACUGUGUGUUACAAGCCUCUGCAUUUGAUCUGGUUUUGGAUUGUGUAGAACUAGACACAGAAAAGGUGCAACAAUGAGAGCUAGAAAGCUGCCAAGUUAGCAAGACCUACUUUGCUCACAGUCCAUCUUUGUGUGCAUGGAAUCGUGUGUCAGUACAGCAGAUGAAAUGCAACAGAGUUUUCAAUUAACUGCUGCAAAAUCUCUUUUGAUGUGAUUUAUUGAGUGUGAGGAGUUUAAAGAAAAUGCAACACUGUCUUACUCCUGCCC